AUGUCACAAAAUUCUCUAAAUAAUCCUCUAAUAUAAAGAUAAGCAGAAGUUAGCUAGAAAAGUUGUGUAAAAAGAGCUUUUUAAUGCAUAUUCCCUUGUUUCAAUAAUACUUCUACUAAUAAUCAAAAUUAAAAUUAGAAUAACUAAUAAUAACACUUUGAAAAUUAAAAUAAUUCUUAAUAAGCAUAAGUUAAUGCUUCCACUGGGUAAGAUAAUAAUAUAUUAGGGUCUCCUGAUUAGCUUUAACCAAGCAAUUAACAAUCUUUUUCUACAAUUACUUCUAAUCCUUAAAUAAAUCAUGAAAAUCAACUAGAUAGCUAAUCUCAACUAAAACAAAUAAUAUAUUUAAAUUAAAUUUCUGUGGAAUAAAAUAAAUCAAUAUAUAAUGAAUAAAGUAUAAAGAGCUAGCAUUAAGAUAAUAUAAACAAAUCGGAUUUGUAAAGCAGCGUAAGAGUAGAGAUAGAUUCGAGUAUUUCAUCAAAUCAACAAUCAUUCUAGUAGAAUAAUAUGAACAAAUAAAUAGAUUCUUCAUCUAAAUAGUCAUAUUAGGUUUCAAUAAGUCAGUCUGAUCAAAAUAUAUAAAAAGACUUAUCUGAGAAUAAGUAAGAUGGUACAGAUUAAGGCCCUAAUUUUUAGGAAAAUAAAGAUUGUUAGUAAAGGGCAUCAAGAAAUGAGAGUUAGAAAGAUAGUGUAGACUAAAUUAAUUUAUAGAGUGAAUUUAGAAAAUAACAGAGCACAUAAAAUUUUUAAUGUGGGUCUCCAAUCAACUUAAAUGCAAGUGAUCUUCGUUUUUAGAGUAAUUCAAAUUGCGAGAAAAGAGAGUCAUAAAAAUUAAGUAAACAAGAUAUUGUUUAAAGAAGUUCAUCAAAUUAUAGUAUUGGUUGUAAUGAUAUGCUAAAAAGGAGGGAUACUAAUUAAACUCAAAGUUCGUUUACUGAAAUUUAUGAAUUUAAUGAUCCCAAAUAUGAAAAAUAAUAAGGCAAAUUAGAUACCGAGACUUAAAUAAAAUGA